AACCACAAUGGCAUCCUCCACCACCCUUUCUACUUGUCUUCUUUUGGCUCUUCUAUUUGGCUUCUCCAAUGCAGCCACUUUCGACAUCCGAAACAACUGUCGGUACACCGUCUGGGCUGGUGCGGUGCCUGGUGGUGGCCAGAGGCUUAACCCCGGCCAAGUCUGGUCCAUAAAUGUCCCAGCCGGCACAACACAAGCCCGUAUAUGGCCCCGUACUGGCUGCAACUUUGACCGGUCUGGUCGAGGUCAUUGUCAAACCGGUGACUGUAACGGUCUCCUUCGGUGCCAAGCCUACGGUGCACCACCUAACACAUUGGCCGAGUACGCUCUUAAUCAAUACAAUAAUCUUGAUUUCUUUGACAUUUCUCUUGUCGAUGGAUUCAACGUGCCAAUGGAGUUUAGCCCCAACUCGGGCCGGUGUCGGGGCAUCAGAUGUACCGCAGACAUCAAUGGUCAGUGUCCUAACCAAUUACGCGCUCCCGGAGGGUGCAAUAAUCCAUGCACCGUGUAUAAGAGCGAUAAUUACUGUUGUAACUCUGGAAGAUGCUCGGCAACUGAUUUUUCAAGAUUUUUCAAGAAUCGGUGUCCUGACGCUUAUAGCUACCCCAAGGAUGACGCAACCAGCACAUUUACUUGUCCCGGUGGAACCAACUACCGGGUUGUAUUUUGCCCGUGAAGACGUUUGACCAUGAAUCAAACGUCUUCGAAAUAUAAUUAAGUGAAAUAAAUGCAUAAAUACAGAAGUAACAAGUUAACGGAAUACGAUACGGUGAUACUGUUCAUCACCUUUGUCGUAUAUAAUAAAUGCUUGUUAACGUUGUGUUAUUAUGUUGGUUAGAUGUGUUUCUUGUUCGAUUUGAUAUAUGUAAAAUCUACAACUUCAGUUCUA